AUGAGUAGGAUGUCGGGUUCGGUCGGGUCGGGUCGGGUCGAAUGGAUCAGAAGCGGGAGAACGGAGGACGUGAGGAUGAGGAAGCGAGAUUUGGCAAUUCUCUCGCUGUCGGCUUUCGCCAUUUUUUUCUCUCUUCAGCACGAGGGUGAUUUCUCGUUCAAAGAGGCUUGGUUCCAUCUCUCAGAUGACUACCCAAUUAAGUACGAAGCUGAUCGACUCCCUCCUCCAGUUGUUGCCGAUCUGAAUGGCGAUGGGAAAAAGGAGGUUCUCGUGGCUACGCACGAUGCGAAAAUCCAGGUUCUGGAACCUCACGCGAGGCGUGUGGAUGAAGGAUUUAGUGAAGCACGUGUGUUGGCAGAGGUAUCCCUUUUGCCUGACAAACUCCGCAUAGCUACAGGGAGGCGUGCUGUGGCAAUGGCUACUGGAGUUAUUGAAAGGAAUUAUAAUAAAAGGGAGCCGAGGAAGCAGGUUUUGGUAGUUGUGACAUCUGGCUGGUCUGUGAUGUGCUUCGAUCACAACCUGAAGAAGUUGUGGGAUGUGAAUCUGCAGAAAGAUUUUCCGCAUAAUGCUCAUCACAGGGAGAUUGCCAUCUCUAUUAGUAAUUAUACAUUGAGGCAUGGAGAUUCGGGAUUGAUUAUCAUUGGCGGAAGAAUGGAGAUGCAGCCUCAUAUGCAUCUGGAUCCAUUUGAGGAGAUUGAAAUGGCUGAUAAGAAUGCCGAGGAGCAUAGACGUAGCGCCACUGAAAAGGAUGCAUCUGACAAUGCAGGAACUGUAGAUUUAAGACACUUUGCUUUUUAUGCAUUUGCUGGUAGAAGUGGUGAGCUACGGUGGAGCAGAAAGAAUGAGAACAUUGAAGCUCAAUCAUCUGAUGCAUCACAGUUGAUUCCGCAGCACAAUUACAAGCUUGAUGCUCAUGCAUUAAACACACGCCAUCCAGGAGAGUUCGAGUGCAGGGACUUUAGAGAAUCCAUUCUUGGAGUCAUGCCUCAUCAUUGGGAUCGUAGAGAAGAUACUGUGCUGGAGCUGGCACAUUUCAAGCGUCAUAAAAGGAAAAUACUCAAGAAAGUACCUGGCAAGAACACCAACUACCAGUUACACAAACCGCAAGAAAAGCAAUCUCCUGGAAAGGAUGUGACGAAAAAAGUUUCCAAUGUGAUUGACAAGGCAGUUAAUAUUGCUAAAUCAGCAACGAAAAAACAACACACACAGUAUAUACCUACCAUAACAAAUUACACGCAGCUCUGGUGGGUACCGAACGUUGUCGUUGCUCAUGAAAAGGAAGGUCUUGAAGCCAUUCAUUUGGCAACUGGACGCACAUUAUGUAAGCUACAUCUUCAAGAAGGUGGCCUUCAUGCUGAUAUUAAUGGAGAUGGCGUCCUGGAUCAUGUUCAGGUUGUUGGAGCAAAUGGUGCCGAACAGACCGUUGUGAGUGGGUCAAUGGAGGUGCUUCGUCCUUGUUGGGCCGUCGCCACAUCUGGUGUGCCCGUACGGGAACAACUCUUUAAUGCUUCCAUAUGCCACCACUCUCCUUUUAAUUUAUUUCAACACGGGGACUUCUCCAGAAGCUUUGGCAGGCAUGUGGACACGAGUUCGUUGGAGGUUGCUACACCCAUUCUGAUCCCGAGAAAAGAUGGCCACAGGCAUCGUAAAGGAAGCCGCGGCGACGUUGUCUUCCUGACAAAUCGAGGCGAGGUGACAUCUUACUCCCCGGGCCUGCACGGGCACGACGCGAUCUGGAACUGGCAGAUCUCGACAGGAGCCACUUGGUCAAACCUCCCAUCCCUUUCUGGACUGGAGGCGGUCGUCCUGUCCCCCGGCGGCAGCACGCUGGCGACCUUCGACCUGCCGGCCCCGCCCACGCACGCUCUCGUGUGCGAAGAUUUCUCCGGCGAUGGGCUGACGGACGUUGUGCUAGUCACCUCGAGCGGAAUUUACGGCUUUGUCCAGACGAGGCAGCCGGGCGCACUUUUCUUCAGUACACUCGUCGGAUGCCUGCUGGUCGUGAUGGGGGUGCUGUUUGUGUCUCAGUACCUCAACUCAUCGGGUUCCGGGAAGGGGAAGCCAAGGGCAUUGUCGACGGUUCAGCUGUGA